AUGGAGGAAUACAAUGACCAAGAUUCGUCCGGUUUGCCCGACAACGCGGACCAUCCGUCUCGAGCCCCGGAAGUGGGCCAUGCAUGCAACGCCUGCCGAAAACGCAAACUUCGGUGCUCCAGAGAGCUGCCAACCUGUCAGCAUUGUCGCAAGUCGGCCUAUGAGUGUCUCUACGAGGCCAAACGGGCCAAACCCGGCAUGAAGGCUGGAGCAUUGGAUAACCUACAUCGGAGACUCGACGGGCUAGAAUGUUCGAUCGAAAGACACCAGGCCAAGCUGGAGAGUCUGGAAGCCGAGGAACCGCAUCAUGAAACCGAUCCCAACGUUCACGCCAUCCUGUCGUCAUUAGCAACCAACCUUCAGAAUCUAAGCAGGCGACCUGCUCAUCGCCGACCGGCCAAUCGGGGCGAUACUGGAGACUCAGCAAAAAGACGUCGGACUAAUGAUGUCGGGCUACAUCCGUCAUUCACGUCGAGCAACAUGCCACCACUGCCCGACGAUACCCUCCUCAUCUCAGCCCUAGAGACAUAUUUUUGCCAUGUGCAUCCCUGGAUGCCAAUCAUCCAUGAGGCUCGAUUCCGAAGGAGACUUGAAGAUGAUGCCGAAAGGGACAAGCUUCAUCUUGUCAUACACUCCAUUGUUCUUGUCGCCUCCCGGCACGAAAGACAUGAUGGUGCAGCAUCGCGGGAGGAUGUAAGAGAUUGGAUAGUCUCGCAAGCCAUGAAGCAGUCUUCAGCUGAGGCUCUUCAGGCUUUGGUGAUUAUUGCAUACAAUGAUAUUGGAAACGGGUUCUCUUCCCAUGCGUGGUCACUUAUCGGAUGUCUAUCUCGCAUGGUCGAAUACCUCCAGCUGACAGUCGAGCACGACGAAGCCAUCCAGUCAUCGUUUACCCAGCCAUAUAACUUGUUGCAGCGACCGAAGAACUGGACCGAAGCAGAGGAAAGGCGAAGACUCUUCUGGAGCAUCUUCGCCCUCGAUCGCUUCUGCUCAGAAGACCCCGUUGUCACGCCCUACUUCGGAAUCUGGGACAAAUCUGCCGGUCGCAUCGGGAAUCCGAUAGCAUUCCUUCCUUCUCACCCUGUGCCAGCCCGAGUGGCCGCAGAGACCGAAGGGGAGGCUUCGUCAGAAGCUGCUGCAUCUCCAGGAGCGACUGCGGCAGCCGACAUGACCACGGUCGGAGCCUAUGCUUAUUGCAUCGAGGCUACAGAGUCAUUGAGUCGAGUAACAAGCUACUUCCUACAGCAAAAGGUCAACAUGCACGACCAGAGAGCGUUCGGUGCAUGGCUCACUCGAUUUAAAGAGCUCGACCUCAGGCUCGUCCACUGGAAGAUGCUUCUGCCGCAAAAAUGGGCAAUCAACGUCACGCAGCAGACUUCUUCGAAAAUGGAUCCCAACCUAACGUUGGCCCAUGUCACUCAUAAUGCAUCGAUGAUUCUCUUGCACCAGCCGAUCGCCUUCCCCCUUCCGUCGUGGCCCUUCAAGAAUCGGCUGCCAAGUCUCUGCAGUGUCGAUACAUGCCAAACGGCAGCUAUUGAAGUGGCCUCCAUAACCAACCAGUAUCUGAAAAACUCCUCUCCAGAGUCUCCACUGAGCAGCCAGUUCGCAUUCUGCGUUUUUAUCGCGGCCAGAGCCUUGCUUUUGUCCUGGCAGCAUAGCUCCGCGGGGACCAGUGUUGCCUCCGAUUUCUGGACAUUGAUAAACGCCCUUGAUGUUAUGUCCGCUCGCUGGAAAGGGGUCCACGACAGCUCAGAGCCACAUCAUCCUAGCCUAGCUGCCAAAUAUUCUGCCACAUUAAGUCAAUUGCAUCGGCGAUGCUCUCAGGAUGAUUUAUUCUACAUCAAUCCCUCCGGGUACACGACGGAAAUAAUGCACUCGACAGCCGAGACCCAGUCAUCGAGCAACACCCCAUUGGGAGCCGGUAGUUACGAAAGGACAUCGGUGCAUCACUUUUCUGAUACGAGCACUAUCACCCAGCCAGCCGAAGGACAGGCAUCUUCGCAUCUUGUGCAAACAAACGGUGGAGAAGGAAAUGUUCCAACGCAAAUCUCUCCCAUGCAAAAUCAAUCACUGGCCUCUCUGGGUCCUAAUCCGUUCACUCUGCACAUGGCAAGUGCGAUCGAACAGGGAGACGGUGAUGACCCGAUGGCGAUAUCGCAGAUGCUGCUGGGUCAGCAGUUCACCGAUUUGGAUCGGGUUAUCAGUUUCAACGAUGGGAUCUUUGGAUCUGAAUUCGAGGCAAGGAGAUGGUAA